AUAGCACAAACCAUCUAUUACAUUAUUAUUUUUGGUGCAAUUUAGUUGACAUUGCCUUGUACAGAUUGGCAUGAAUACGCGACUACAUAGAACAAUGCCAUUUAGUUCAUAUUCAAAAUACAUUUGGGAAACUCCAUGGACUUCGACCAAUGGAAAAUACAUAAGGUAAAAAGAUAACCAAAUGCAUUACAUUGAAUUAGAAACAUUUGCGACAGGUUUGACCUGGGUUUUAUUGACAACCUAAAUUUUUACUCAACAAAGUUGAACAUUAAGAUUUUUUUUCAGUAGUAUAUUUUUAAUGAUUACCUUGAUCAAAAUGAGUGACAAUAUAGCAUCUAUCAUUAUCUGUACUUCAUGAACAAUACCAAUGGACAGGAAGGAAAUACGUGACAUCGUUCUUCUAUAAAUAGAGUGGCUUUUUACCACUUAGAAUGCAUGCACAAUUGAUGUUCAUGCACUUGUAGGGUGUAUACUAUUAAACGUCUGCUGUGAUUGUGGUUUGAUUUAUUUAAGAACUUGUGCUAUAUUUUCAACUAUUUAAAACAGAUAGAUUGUGAAUCAAGUGGUUUUAUGUCACAUGGAAUAAUAGUUUGAAAACGUUAUACAAAAGGAGUCCCAUGCUUUGGACUAUAUUCACGGAUUUUUAUUGAAGGAUUAUGUCGUAACUUUCCUUUCAAUGGUUAAUUUAAUACAGUUCGUCGUUGCUUGAUACAACUUAACUUUAAUAAAUGUGGACAUCUAUUAAUACUUCCUUGUAUGUGUCAGAAUAUAGUACACAUUUAAAAUUCACUCGGGUCGGUAUUAAUCGAGAGAAUGUACGCUACCAUAUAUUCUGUUAAACUACGCACUAGGAGCUGCGUUUAAAAACAUUCAUGAUUUUCGAAGAAACAAUGGAAGUGAUAAUGUAAUAAUAAGCAAUGUUAAACGAGGAUUAGAAGCGUUUUGAUAAUAUCGUUACGGAUGACCUCUGCCAUGAAAAUUGUAAGAGAGUGGGUGAGUUUUUUGUAUGGAUGAUUCAGACGGGGAAAUGCGUUUGCUCGCCAUCCCGGAGUACUUAAUACUUACGCUGAACAUGUGUUUUAAAGUUCAUACGGUUAUUUAUUUGAAUUGAGUUUUUUAGGCAGUGAAAGGGCCAUACGAGGGUGUCAUAUUAAGUUUUAACCACUUGAAAAUGUCAAACCAAACAUUGUUGCCAUGUAUCUAAAGGAGGAGGAUCAUGGUUUUCGUACGUUUAAAUCAUUUCAAUUCAUAAUCGAACAAUACAGUUCAUUUUAAGUGUCAGGUAGAACGGGAAUUUAAUAUAAUGCAGAGGUCAGGAUUUUGUUACGUUUUUAAGUAAUCAUUUUGCAAUGAUUUUGUAUCGCCAUGGUAAAUACCUCGUUUAAGUCAUCGACAAGUUACUGUCGUGAUAAGUUAUAAAGAUGGGGAAUGUGCACCAUUGUUCGCCGUGUUCGCUUGUAGGUCGCGACACUGAUUUAAAGGCUCUUUUACGUCACACCAAGUUGAAGGCAGGGUAUAGAUUAAUCCAGAUAAACGGAUCCGAAAAGGUUGGAAAGUCCAGGGUUAUUAAAGAACUUAUUAGAAGGAUACAGAGUGACGAUGACUGCGAGAGAAAGCUUUUGUAUCAAGACGUUAACCUUGACGUUCAAUGCAACUUUUCCCAAAAGUCGUGGGUCAAAAAUAUGUGCAAGUCAUUUGGAAAAAACUUUCAAGCCGUUGAACAAAAACUCAGCGACCAACGCGUGUGUGAGUUCUUUAAAGAAUGGUUCAUAGAUGUUGUGGCCGAGCAAGACGAGAACGUGCUGUUAUUUCUCGAUAACGUGGACUCCUUUAUGAAAUCACCUCUAAAAGACAACUUCCUUGACUUUCUGAAUAUGUCUCUCAGCGAGUGUUCUAGAUUGCAAAUCGUGCUUACAACGUCCAUUAAGUUAAAACUCACACAAAAGACUGUAAUAGAUCACGAGGUACGCCCGCUAGGGGACGACGCCGUCAUGUGCCUGCUCCACGAAGUGACAAACAACUACUACAAGGACUGCGAACUAGAGGAUCGCGAGAUGCACAACGACUAUCUAGAGGGGGUUGCGAGACUGUGCGAAGGUCGGCCGCAAAUCGCCAUUACAGCUGGUGUGCUACUCUUAGAAGACGAUUAUUUAUUGGAGCCGCGGGAACUGCUCGAACUCAUGAUUUCCUGUCGCCGGCGUUGCCUUAGUCCCUAUAACUGUCCAUCUGACGAGCGAAUGGAAAAGCUGGGUGAAAAUUUUAAGCAGCUGGAUGAAGAGAUACAGACGUGUUUCAAGCGGUUGUCCCGUUCUGGACCGGAGGCGACCAUAGCUGAAGAUUCAACCUUUGCCAUUCUCAACAGAGGAAACGAUUCGAUUUCGAGAGUGAAGCAAUUUGUUGUAAAGAAACUUCUUGACCAUAACUUGAUGAAGAGACAGCACGAGGACCGGACGUUCGAGCUCCAUGGUGUUGUGAGGGAAAAUGUGCUCGCUCCAACAGACUCGGAUUCAGAAGAGGGCGUCCUGGUCGCACGGACGAAUGCCCUGAAACUCGGACUGACGUUAACCGAGGACGAACUGAGAGAGCCACGCCUCCUCGAGGCUGCAUUGAAGGAUGUAGGCAGACUCAACGAAACUGCACUCAAGGAAAUGAAUAUGGCUGGCGGUAAGAGGUACAGCCGGUCGCCGCUUUCUCCGCGCGUGGCUGAGGAACAUGAGGAGAAGGCGGCGUGGCAGUACGCAGCCGACGGCCAAGGGAAUCUCACGCUCGUGGAGACAACGUGUACGAGAGACAUUCUUGGUAAACAGGAGGAAGUGGGUUCCUCCACGCCGGAGGAUUCCUUGCUACCAGAAGAGCAUGAAAAAUCUCAUGUUAUGAACACUCUUGAGGAUUUAAGAUACGAUAGUAGACGAACUAUUUCUGUUGACGACAAAGCUGCUCCUUUCUCAAAUACAUCUAGUUCGAUCCAGCCGGUAGCUGUGUCGAUCGCCGUCUGCGCUAAGCAGCCUCCCUCCUACCACACUAUAGAUCCCACACUGCCUGCGUAUGAGUCCCGUCGUUUAUGCCUCGAUGAACAUCCGGCCGGUGAACUGAUGGGCCGCGGCACAUCCCCAUCCCCUUAUGUUCGACCUUUUCCGCAGGGACAAGCGCCUCCAAUUCAAACGCAGUCAAGUAUUGCACUUGUGCGGCCGGAAAUUAACUCUCUUGCACUCCAAACCGGGCCACUCGCCCUCACCUCGGACAGGUGCUUUGGGUGUGUGCGUCUAGCAUCGACGUAAAAGACAAAUAUGCAAAACCUAAAUUUACGCUAAAACGUGUUUACAUUGUAUUUCUUAAAUGCUAUUUAAUGUAAAUAAUUUGUUCUUUUGUCAUCAUAUGAGGUGUUUUGUAAACAUAUGUCAUACUUAUGUCGAUAUUUGAUCUCUAGUCGUGUUUAGAGCAGCCCAUUAGUUGUUGCUAUUUUUAGCGGUUUACGAUACAUGUACUGCCAUAACUUGUUGUAAACCACGUCGUUGGCUUGAAUAUUUCCAUACACGCAUUGAAGCUCGUACAGGCAUGUCAAUUUAAGUAUAACGUGAAAUUGAUUCUUUAAUUAUAAAGAUAGACCUAUC